AGAAACUUGACCAGCUUCAGGUUCCUCAUCCACACACUCACUGUAACAGAGUAGAGUUCCCCGCGCAUGAGGCAGUCCGCUGGCUCAGUUUCUGGCACGCUGCGCGUCUCCUCUCACCCUCUUGUUCCAGUGCUAAUUUAAGACAGCGCUUUGAACCUCGUGCCGCACUGGAGUUUGGAAUGACUGAGUAGCUGCGCGCUGAAGAUUCUGCUCAGAGUUCAGUUCGUUUGUUCCGUUGUUGCCUCCCAUUGCAGCCAAAAAUUUAAUCUGUAGGUUUUUAUUUGAUUACUUUAAAUAUCAGUUCCACUUAUUUCUUACCUGGAUCUAAAGCAUGGAUUCAAUGGUGGAUUCGAGCGGGCUGAGCAAGGCAGAAAGUCGUUGCGCGCCCCGGUCCCGGUUCCCGCGGUGCCCGGUUGGCUUUACCUCCGCGGUGUGUCUCGUGCUGUCCCUGAGCUCCGUGUCGGUGUGCCUGAUGAUGAGCCUCAAGACUCACCAGCUGGAGAACCGUCUGAGCGCACUGGAAACGGAGAAAACCUCCGUCUUUCAUCCACCGGAGAGCGCUUUUUUGCGCGAGGAUGGGACAGUCAUACCGGCGCUGAGGGACUCCGUUGAGAUGCUCCUUCAGGAGAGACUGAAUGAGAUCAUUCCAAAGCUGCGCUCAGCGAGGGAUGUGGCCCAAGAGUGCUCCUGCCCACCAG